UUACUCCAAACGUGGUACUGGAUCUUGUAUUAAUGUUAUGAACGUUCAAACCAUAACACGUUUACAAUAAAAGCGCAGUGUGUGUGAACUAGAAUUCUAACCAACGCGCAUGCCCACUGAAAGAGGUAUGGUACGACAGACGUUUGAACUUGAAGAUUUUUGUCAUACGUAACUCAGGAGAUAGCGGCGAGGACUUACAACAUAGAUACGUGGUCACACUGACAGGAAUUAUAACAUAAAUAAAUCGGAAAUUCUAAACAUUUUUUAAAAAUAUAGUGGAUGAUUUUUCACAAAAUGUGGCUUCUUCUCCUGCAACUUGUAUUAGCCGGUGUGGUUUUCAACGUGAAUUUUGUAACAGGAACAUCAGAAGCUUGUCGGGCUGACGAGUUCCAAUGUGCUAGUGGAAGAUGUAUCACGCUAGCCUUCAGGUGUGAUGGGUCGCAAGACUGCCCAGACAACGACGAUUCGGAUGAAAAGGGUUGUCAGGCUACUACUUGUGGUACAGACUAUUUCCGUUGUACAAAUGGGAAGUGCACAUCCAUAAGAUGGCUUUGUGAUGGUACUGAUGACUGUAACGAUGGGUCAGAUGAAACCCCAGCUUUGUGUGCAAAUCGUACUUGCGAUGGAUACAAGUGUAAGGACGGCAUUGAAUGCAUUAGCUCUAGCUGGAAAUGUGAUGGCAAGAAUGACUGUCCUCAGGGGGAUGAUGAAUUAGGUUGUAACAGUCUGUGUGACUCAGAUGAGUUUCAGUGCAAUAACACUAGGUGUAUCACUGGUAGUUGGAAGUGUGACGGUACUGAUGACUGUGGUGACAAUACAGAUGAAAUCGAUUGCCCUGAAGUAAAAGAGUGUGACUUUGAGACAGAAAAGAAAUGCAAUGAUGGAGAAUGCAUCCUCGAACAUUUUUGGUGUGACGGAGACAAGGAUUGUAAGGAUGGAUCGGAUGAGAGCCAUUGCUCCAGUAACCACACAGAAUGUCGUCAAAAUGAGUUUUACUGUUCUUUACCUGCACACGAGGCACGGUGUAUCCAUCUCUCUUGGCUGUGUGAUGGUGAUAUGGACUGUCAAGAUGGAAGUGAUGAACUCAACUGUACAAAACGUGAUUGUCCACCUAAUCACAAGCUCUGCGAUAUUAACCAUUGUAUUUCGAGUGAUUUCUUCUGUGACGGAGAAUUUGACUGUGACGACAAAUCUGACGAAGCCAAUUGUAAUGUUACAAAAUGCAAAUCAGACGAAUUCACAUGUGAUGACAAAACCUGCAUCCCUAGAGAUAAAAUCUGUGAUAAAGUUAAUGAUUGUAGCAAAGGGGAGGAUGAGACCUCCUGUACUAAUGACAGCUGUUUGGAUAAAAAUGGAGGAUGCAUGCACUAUUGCGUCACAGGGGACAAUGGCAAACAUUACUGUAAAUGUAGGGCUGGUUAUGAAGAGGACCCACAGAACCCAAAGAACUGUACAGAUAUUAAUGAAUGUGAAAUACCUGGUACAUGUUCCCAGAUCUGCUACAACACCAAAGGUUCUUACAGGUGUGACUGCAAUGAAGGAUAUGCUUUGACGGACCAUCGCUAUUGCAAAGCCACUGCAGGCAAACACGCAGAGCUAAUUUUGUCAGAUCGUCAUGAGCUGCGUCGCUAUCACCUAGAUACAUUUCAUUACAACAGACUUCUGAACAAAUCUGUCAGUGGGGCUGUUGCCAUGGACUUUGACUUCAGAGAGAACUCUAUCUAUUGGACUGAUAUCGAAUCUGAGAAAAUUUGUGUCACUAAUCUGAAAAAUGGGAAAGAUGAGAUAAAAACAAUUAUUGAAGGAGGUGUUCGCAUGCCAGAUGGUAUUGCUGUUGACUGGGUGCAUCGUAAUCUUUAUUACUCUGACACUGGAUACAACAAGAUUGAGGUAUCUCGCCUGGAUGGCAGCCAUCGUAAGACACUCAUCAGUGAUGAUCUUGAUGAACCAAGGGCAUUGGCUGUAGACCCUGAAAAUGGUUGGAUCUACUGGACAGACUGGGGCAAAACACCUAAGAUUGAAAAAUCUGGUAUGAAUGGUCAAGAGAGGAAGGCUAUUGUAACUCAACGCAUUGUAUGGCCAAAUGGACUCACUAUUGAUUACAUUCAACAACGUUUGUACUGGGUCGAUGCCAAACUACACACGAUCGCAAGUUGUAAUCUAGAGGGAGGAGACUUCAAAAACAUUUACAAAGAUCAUUCAAUACUCGGCCAUCCAUUCGGCAUCACAGUAUUUGAAGACUACCUCUUCUGGACUGACUGGAUGUCCAACGCUGUACAUAAAGUGAACAAAUUUGGCAAAGAAGUAGCAAUCACCAUCGCCCUAAAUCUCAAGUCUCCUAUGGGGAUACAUGUCUAUCAUAUCUCCAGACAGCCAACAGGAACCAAUCACUGUGGGGCUAACAAUGGCGGCUGUACAGACCUGUGUCUGCCUAAACCACGUACCAAUGAUACAACAAAUAGCACCAAAAACUUUGAAUGUGCCUGUUCUAAUGGGAGAAGAUUUGGAGAAGGGGAUCAAAAACACAUUUGCAUUGAUAAUGUUGGUGUUGUUGAGCCCCAAACAACCAAGCUACCAGAGGUUGAUACAGGAAGCCCCAACAGGUUGCCAGGAAAAAAUCCAACUUUGAGACCAACCCCUGAGUCAGUGACAACAGUUGCGCCAAAUGUACAGACGUCUGAACAGACAACUGAAACUGAACUGGAUCAUGGGACUACCAUGGAGGUUGCUAAUGACACCCACACUCUCAUGUCUGUGCAUGAAUCUACUGGAAAUGGAACUGUUACCAUAAUAGCAAUAAUUGUUGUUCUGGUUGUCGGACUACUUGUUGGAGGGGUUGUGUUUGUCUUGAUGAGGAGAUACAAGAAAAGGAACGUUAAGAGCAUGAAUUUUGAUAACCCAGUAUAUAGAAAGACUACAACAGACGAUCAACUCAUCAUGGAGAAAAAUGGCUCUAGGACACAUUUACCAUCUAGUAUGCAACCUUUGACUCAGGACACGGAAACAGUUUGAAAACCUAUUUACAUUUUUCUAAGACUUAUUAACAAAGAAAUAAUACAGCCGAGCUUCUAAAUUGUAACAACACAUUCUACACAUUUUAUUCAUGGAACUCUAAAACCUCCAAAAAUAACCUUAAAUUAUCAUUAUGAAAUUUUGUUUGAAAGAAAUUUAAAAUACAUCAGCGGUGGUAAAAAAAAUUCAAGUGUAGAAUGUUAUAACAGCAAGCACAGAAUAAUUUGCCUGGGCUGUAUCAAAUGCCGAUCUUUACGUCCACCAGUUCAUCUCUCAUAAUUCAACCAGCAAGCCUCUGUGUUCCUCACAACUGCAGUUGCUGUUACAAAGCUCAAGAAGCCGCUCAGUGUAUUUGCAAUAUCGUGCCUUCUCACUGUUCACAACUGAUUCAACUCGCUUAUCAACCCAAAAAGGGGAAACUACUCCCACCUCACGAUUGGAAUUAACAGUGGUUAUCUAGUCAAUGCAUGGUUACAGAAAGCCCAGCAUCAAUGAAUAUUAGAUAACAGUGCUUAGAAUGGCGCUUCACACUCAAGGCACCAAAGACCAAUCUGUCCGGAUACACCAAAUGAUGGACUGAUUGAAGUGAAACUAUAAUGAACUCUCCUAUAAAAACCAAAAUUUAGUUUUUUUUUCUGUAAAGUAUGUUGUUAAUUUCUGUAAUUAUCUUAUGAUAUGCAAUAUGAAGAGCAGGUGUUGCAUAGGUUGAUAUCUGGCUGUGAUUUUUUUGUUAUCGUAAUGUGUGCUACAACAGACAGAAAAAAAACUUAUCUGGUGAGCUAAACAAAUACUCAAUACAUAUCUACAAAUCCUUAAAGGUUCUAAAUUUAUCUUUGUCAGAUUGUAUGGCAGGUUAGCCAUUUCAAUUGUGUAUAAAGUGUGCCAUAAUUCAUUUAAAUUUUUCCUGAAAUUAAUGGAUCUGAGUAAACUUUUCUUUUGUUUAGGUAAGUUUAUCUCUCCUUACUAAUCAUUUAUAACUGACUGAUAGUUACAUUUUGUUUAGUUUACCUUCUAAGGCUGCGAAGUUGUAUUUCCUUAGUUUCUAGGCUUUGUUGGUAGUACCAGGAACUCUUGGGAGGCUGUAUCUAUCCAGAUCUGUUAUCUUGUCAAACCUGCACCAAGCAUUCCAAACAUUUUCCAGCCUCUGGCAUAUGAGAGUACAUGUAGCACUUCACAACUUUUCAGUUCUUCUUUGUUGGCUUGAGGAUUUUCAUUUCUUAUAAACAGACUUCAACCGUAAAUCAUGGUUUGAACUACUUGCUGAAUAUUUUUUCCUUAGUAAUAUGAAAAAGUGUAUUUACUAAGACUUUUUGGGAGUUAUUCUUUAUAGAAUCUGAAAUUUUACUGAAUUUGAGAUAACCAAGCAUUUUUAAUCUAUACCAGUCAUUUUUAUUCCCUGUAAUUCCAUUGUAAAAAUAGAUGUAUAAAAUUAUAAUUGUAAAAUUAGUUAUUUAAAUACAUGUUUUGUUUUCUAAUUAACGGUACCAGUGAUUUUUUUUUGUUAUAAAAUAAACCUUUUGAAUAGUUUUUUCUUCAGUAUUUAACUUUGUUUUUUGAGAUUUGAUAUUGGUUUAUGUACACACUCCCAAUACUUCAGUGCCAAUAUAUAAUUUUUUUGUACAAGAAUGGUUGUUAAAUUAUUGGCUUGCCUAGUUUCUGUGUAGAGCAGGGUAUAUUAAUUUUUUGUGGUAUGAUUAAAAUUUAAAAUUUUAACCUUUAAUUUUGCGCAUUCCUCUUUUUUGAAUUAACAUUUUUCAUAGCAAUGUUAAAAGUUUUGGCUUGCAUAUUCCUUAUAUUAUUACUAACAAUUUUGUUAUGAAAUCAAUUUGUGCAAAAGAAUCUCUAAGUGUAAUUUAACAAUUAAGUUAAGGGUUAAAAAAAAAUAAUGGUAUGCUUCUGAACUUAAGCAAGUAAUUAUGAAUGUAAUUUAUCAGUGUGCAUAAGUGUGUUGCUUUAAAGCUUCAAGUUAAUCUUUGUUGAAAAAAUUAAAACUGGUGAAUGUAGUACAUUAAAUCUCAUUGUUUGCUUGAAUAUUUUUUUAAGCAAAUGUUAUUUCCCAUGUUGGGAAUCUGUUUCUUUUAUAACCUAACCCACUGUUCUGUUUAAUUUAUCCAAUUUUUGAUCCAGCCAUUGAAAUCAAUGCAUUUUCUCCCCACCCACAAUUUCUGAUGAAACUCUGUAUAUGUAUUGUAUUGAAGCUGUCUAUAUGUUAACAAGUGUUUCCCGUUCAAUGUUUAAAUUAUUCCAUUUUUGUUCUAAAUAUAUAUAUGUACAUAAUAAAAUGAAGAUUGAAUGUUUAAAAAACUGUACGAGUGGGUGUAAAAAAACUGGGAUAAUUGUGUACAUAUUUAGUAAGGUUACAUGCUAGAUGGUGUGAUUUAAUCUGAACGUUAUUUAAUCAAAUGGUUUUUUUUUGUGGUAAUGCAUUGUAAAAAAAAAUAUGAAAAUAAAGUUAUUGAUGAAAGUUAA